AACCUCUCCCAUCUCUUCAUCAGUAUAUAUCUUGACUCUCUGCGACGCAACCCAUCGGUCUACUCCAAAACCCUUCGAAGCAAAAAAUCAAUCCAAUUUCUUCUCUGCAUCGCUACGAACUCAGCAUCCGACACGAUGAGCCGCUCUCCAUCUGUCAAGUGGGCCCAGCGUCAAGACAAGGUCUUCCUCACUGUUGAAUUACCAGAUGCCAAAGAUGUGAAGCUUAAUUUGGAGCCAGAGGGGAAGUUCUCCUUUUCUGCUGUAACUGGGCCAGAUAACACACCAUACAAAGUGGAAUUUGAUCUCUUUGAUAAAGUUGAUUUGAGUGAGAGUAAGUCAAACACUGGUCCUAGAAAUAUUUUCUACAUUAUUAAAAAAGCAGAAGAGAAGUGGUGGAGCAGGCUCCUGAAACAGGAGGGUAAGGCUCCAUCAUACCUGAAAGUUGAUUGGGACAAAUGGGUUGAUGAAGAUGAACAAGAUGAAAAACCCGAACCUGGGAUGGACUUUGGUGAAGGUUUUGACUUUUCGAAUCUUAACAUGGGUGGUGCUGGAGGUUUUGACGGAGAUUUUGGUGCUGGUGGAGCAGAGGACGAUGAAGAUGAUGACAGUGACACCGAAGAAGAUAUUGCCAAGGAUACAGAAGCAGUUGCUGCUAGCAGCAAUGCAGCUGAAGAACAUGAGCCAAAGGCUGCUUAACCCGUCCUCGUGUUUCCCUUAUUUUCGCUCUGUCUGGCUUUGUGAUUGAACGGUAAGCUGCAGUCCACAUUUCAAUGUUCACUGCUGCUUUUGUAACCUUUUAGAGGAUCCUUCAUGCCUUUGGUCACACAUUUUGGAUUGGUGAUGAGAAUGUUUGUCUAAUGUAGCGUGUUUCGAACCUUCACAAUAUCUGCUUUCAACUUUGGAUUUGUAAUUUGUGUUUGUUUUCCAUGAAGCUUCUUGAGUUGGCUGCUCUUCCUUUAAAAUCUAGUUAGUACCUAUCUCCAAAUUUUACUAAAACAAGAUAUAAAUAAUACUCCAUUCGUCCCAUAAAUAGAUUCUACUAUG